AUGCAUUCCUCCCUCAACCGCGCGCAAGCCGUCUUCGGCUUCUUCACGACCGUCGCCCUAGUCGUCGCAGCCCUAGCCGCCCUAUCAACCCUGUUCUUCCCAACAGACGCAACAACAGCCACCGUCGAGCUCAAGAACGUCCAAGUCGUCAAAGGAAGACCACACUACUACUCCACCAAGCGCGAAGAAUACGCCCAAAUCCGCUUCGACCUCGACGCAGACCUCUCCCCGCUCUACAACUGGAACACAAAGCAGCUCUUCGUCUACGUCUACGCGCGCUACUCCUCCUCCGACAACACCGACACCAAUGCCCCACAAUCCGAGGCCGUGAUCUGGGACGCUAUCAUUCCCGCGCCCGUCUCGCCGUAUUCGUUCGAUGCGUUGAAGGAGAAGGUUCUGCCUCAUCUGCCGGCCUCGAUCUCGGGGAAGAAAGUCAAGCGCGCCUCUAAGGCUAAGGCCAAUACUAAGAAGAGCAAGGGCAAGAAGGUCGAGGAGGUGGAGGAGGUGGUGCCUGGUGUGCUGAGAUUACGGGGCCAGAAGGCUAAGUAUCAGAUUAGUGAUAUUACGGGGAAGUUGGCUGGGCGUGGGAAUGUUACGCUUUCUGUUGGGUGGAAUGUGCAGCCUUGGGUUGGGGCGCUUUGGUGGGCGCCUGCUACGGGGGCGGUGCCGAGGACUGGGGGGAGUGUGGUGUCGAGUGAGGCUUUUGAAUUUCCAGCGUUGAAGGCUAAGAAGGCUGAGGCUAAGGAGGGUGUUUGA